GAGCGACCUGCUGAUAAAGCUGUGUGUUUUUGUCCUUUUCUAUUUGUAUGAAGGGACUUUAAGGAGAGGGUGGUGAGAUCGGACCGACGUUUUUAACAACAGAUUCACUUUCUUAACUUCUUUGAUAUGAGUCACCGUGGAAACGUUACAUGACACUGGAUUAACAUGACAGGACGAUAUUGGCUGACAGGAUUCUUCAUUUUGUGGUGAUCAAACUAGUUUUGCCAUCACAUGUUUAGCUACUCAAUUUAUUUCUUAAUUUUUUUUACACACCUUUCUUAAAGUUUUAACCUAUGUGCAAAUCUCUAUUUUUCUAAUGGGAGCGCAAGUGCCACAUUUUGUGUUAUAAUGGACAAUAAAACAGGAUAGGAGGAUAAAACAGUUUCUGAUUACAACAAUGGUAACCCAUCUCAACUGCACACAGGUUUUGUGAAUUUCACCUUCAAAUCUUCGUUUUUUUUUGUUAUCAACAUGUCAUUUUUCUGUGGACAUGCGAGCACUGAGCCCUCUGUUAGCAUGACCCCUGACUGCAUGGACUCCUACAAGGCGACAACCCAAAGUGAUGUGAGGCCUCGGGUGAUGGGUGUGAUCCUGAGCAUCGCUGCUUGCCUCAUCAUCUCCACCAACCUGCUGGUGGCAGCCGCUCUAGUAAAGCUACUCCUCAAGAAGAGCAGCCAGAGCUGGUGUUUUGUUCUCAACUUGGCGCUGGCCGAUGCCCUGGUGGGUGUGGCCAUCACUGGUCUGGCCACAGAGGACUUCAACGGCAUUAGCAAAAAUGUCACUCAAAACCAGUACAACCACAUCCCCCCUGAUCCUCUCACAAACACCACGACUUCUGCUCAGGGUAAGACCCGGUGUUUGAUUCGGAUGGCCUUUGUGACAUCGCCCUGCACAGCAUCCAUCAUGUCCAUGUUCCUGAUCUCACUCGACCGCUACGCAGCCAUAAAGAUGCCCCUGCGGUACACCCAGUUGUCUGGAAAGGGAACAGCUCUUGUGUCCCUGCUGGCUCUGUGGAUCAGCUCACUCACUUUGGGAUUCUUGCCAGUCAUGGUGCGGCAGCUGCAGACGGAUCACUACGACGGCUUCUGUGCCUUUUUUUCCGUCAUUCAGCAGGUGGGAAUGAUCGUGUUAUUCAGUGCAUGCUUCUUCCCAGUGCUCUCUGUGUUUAUUUACAUCUACCUGGACAUCCUGAAGAUCGCCUGCAGCCACCAGAAGCAGAUCUGCCAAGUGAGGCAAGCCGGUUCCAGGACGGCUGACCACCAUGGCCAUCAACAACACGAGCAGAAUCAUCAGCAUCAGCAGUUGAGGAGCUACUGGAGUCACGUCAAGGCCCUGAGGACAGUAGCAGUGCUUGUGGGUUGCUUCUUGGCUCUCUGGUGCCCCUUCUUUGUGACGUGCAUAGUGCAACUCCUGUGUAAAAGCUGUAAACUCACCGACGUGUUGGAGAAUUAUCUGUGGCUCUUGGGACUGUCCAACUCUCUGAUUAACCCUCUGGUGUAUGCCUUCUGGCAAAAGGAGGUGCGACUCCAGUUAGCAGCCAUGUUUUCCUGCAAGCCGUUGGUUGGUGGACCGCCAGGUGUCACCGAAAGAUGUGACCCGCUACCUGUGCUGACUCAAGCUAGUGCCCCUACUGGAGAUACCCUCAAUCCUUCACUGUUGCUGCCAAUUAUUGGCAAUGACAAGGUUGUACCAUUAUCUGCCACGACCAACUUGUGAAAGAAACCGGGAAACGAAAGAAACAGAGGAAACAAAAACAUGGCUAGACAAAGUUUAUCAUCAAUUUCAUAUUCUAGACACUGUGGUUGUAGAACUAUUGCAAAGAAAGGGACAAAUGUAAACAACUUGUAAGAGUAACGUUCUUCAUGCUCACUCUUUUUUUCCGAAAAGCUAAAAACAUUCAUGUCCAAAUUUUAAGCUAAACUGAUACUAGAUGGUAAAUUUUGACCAAGAUAAAACAAUUGACAGUGUGCAACGUCUUUGGUUUUCCCUCACCAGUUAAAUAUCUUUGCUCUGAAUUUAAAUUUGAGAAUUUUGAAUGAGACCUGAGCAACAAUGUGAAUUAUGUAGGUACUAGCCUAACUUAACCUAACUUUAAAUUGAUUUAUGAAUUUGUGUUUUAGCAACAUCUUUUGCACUGACCUGUACCCCAUCAACGGACUUGAUCAAUACACCAGCGUGACUUAUAGAAUACACGUCUGUAAGCCAAAAUUAAAAGAAUUAAGUAUAUGGUACGCUGAUUAUAAUUCACUAUAUCACAUAUCUGUAGCAGAAUCAUUCUGUACCUUACUGCACGACAUGGGACUCGGCACGAUUUGAGCCAUUUCCUAAUCCUAAUCAAGACCUGACAACUAAUAAA